AUGUAUCCCGUCAUGUAUAUCCGCUACGCCUAUUUUGGCAGCGUCAUGGCGAUACAUUCUAUCCUUACCCAUCCUUGGAACAGUGCUCUUUUGGGUUCCAGUCAGACGCCAGCGUUGCAGCAUGAUAUCUCAAUAAGCGCACAUGUCGUUGUGAAUGCAGCAAGGAGUAUCAUCCUAGACACUGAUGUAAUCCAUACUGAUGUAUCGACACCGAUAUGGCUGGCAUUAUACUUCCCGCUUGUCAGUGUUAUCAAUAUUUUCAUCUAUAUCUUGAAAUACCCUGCACUUCCAACGGCACCGUCAGAUCUAGCAUUACUAGACAUCGCCACAGGUCACUUCGCCCGCUUGGAAUUUGCAUCACCCGACAUUGCGCUACCUUUUGUUAGAGAAAUCGCGAGACUGGCCCGCGCUACCAUCGAAUUCACAAAGAACACUACGCAGUCUCCGGGCUCUCUAGGGCAGGACUUAACCCUUGCGGCACCACAGACAUUUGAAAACUAUCGAUGA